CACAAUUUGAGUCCUGGAUUGACGAGUGUAUCAGUAUCUGUAGCGUGUAGGCAAAUUCCACUACAACACCCAAUGUUAAAAUGUGUCGUUUCCGUACUAAAUUAUUAAAUAGAAAGAUUUUAGGGUUAAUACCCUAGUUUGGCACGAAGUUUAGCGUUAGUGACAAUUCUGGCCUCAUUUUUCAAAUAAGACAUUUAUGGCCCACUUUUAAAAUUAUUUGACAAAUUUGGCCCGGAAUUUAUUUUGACCGUUAAAACUAACGGUUAAACAUUCUCACCGUUAAUAACUCAGCAUGAAGUGACAUCCACGUCACUUUUUAAUUAAAAAAAUAAAACAUUAAAUAAGAAAUGGACAAAGACUUCUCUCUGCUCCUUUUAUUCCAAAAAAAAAAAAGCCUAACCUAACCUACCCAUCUCUUUCUCUCCUUCUUCUUCCUCUCAAAAUGGCCACCGCCGCAGAGGAAGUAUGCCCAUCUCCUCAUUCUUUUAUUCCCACUCAUAGGCGACGAUACCCACAAGCUUGAUGAUGGCAAAGGUCGGAGGAAGCUUGCCUCUGCUUCGGACGAGAAGAGCCAUUGAUGGUUCAAACCCAGAAAAUCCGGCUGCGGUGGCGACAGAUCUUGAGGCAGGGGAUUUUACUCCCUACACCUGGGUCACCAGCUGGGACGAUGAACAAGGACAGCGAUGCGACGAGUUAGGAGAGCGCGUCGGGAAUGCGGCAAAGGUCGAGCUUGAUGGGCGACGUCGACGGUGAUUGCAACGACGGAUGGGGAAAUGUCGAGAUGAUUCAGGGGAACGCCGACCGGAAGUUCCUUCCUCUGUUCUCUCCUUCCUCUGUUCUCUCCUUCAACGCCGACGACUGCUUGACAGCGGCAGCAGAGCAUUCUCCUGCCGGAGAGGGAAGAGCUGCUGGUGGUGGUGGAGAGUUCUUGGGCCCUUUGGAUUGUCUGCAAUGAGUUAAGAAAGAAGAGAAGAAAAUUAGGGAUUUUGACCCCGGUCUUUGACUUAUUAUUUUUUUAUUUGUUGAUUUGUUUUAUUUUGCUUCUAAUUUUCUUCUAGGUAAUUAAAUAAAUUAUUAUUUGAUGAUGUGGCAAUCAUGCAUAGGCCACAUAAGUAGUUUUUGCUCAGUCAUUAACGGUGAGAAUGUUUGACCGUUAGUUUUAACGGUCAAAAUAAAUUCCGGGCCAAAUUUGUCAAAUAAUUUCAAAAGUGGGCCAUAAAUGUCUUAUUUGAAAAAUGAGGCCAGAAUUGUCAUUAACGCUAAACUUCGGGCCAAACUAAGGUAUUAACCCAAGAUUUUAUCCCAAACUUUCAUCUUUAUUAACUUCAUCAAUUUUGAAUUUUUGACCGUUACUUAUAAACGGUCAAUAGAUUGACCUUUGAGUAAGGAUGGACAACAAUCAGGUUCACACCGGGGACAAAUUGUACCGAAUUGAUAUUUGGACCGAAUUGGAUAGGAUUGUAUAUAUUUUUUAUUCAGUUUUGAUCCUAUAAAUUAUUUUUUAAAUACGAAGAAAAUUGAGCGGAACUGAAUUUGGAUUUGACCGAAUUGAAACGAACUAAAUAUAUUUAUGGUUUUGUUCUGGUCCUCCCUUUUUCUUUGCGUGUCCCGAAUUGAACUGGGAGAAGAACAAAUUACCAUGUCAGUCUUUCCUUCACACAUUUGUCCACUAAAAUUAGGGGUUAAUUCCAUGGUUGGUCAUUGAAAUUACAAAAAACGUUCAAGUUUGGUCACCUAAAUAUUUAAAUCCAUUGGUGGUACUUGAGUUUACUGAAACCGUUCACGUUUGGUCACUCUCCGUCCAACUCCGUUAACUUUGGCUGAUAUGGCAGUCAACUCUAAAAAUUAACCGUUAACUAAGACACGUGGCAAUUAAGAAAUAAUAAAUAAAUUUUAAUGUAAUUUAUUUUAAUGUCCAACUCAUUUUUACAUAAAAUAAAUAAAUAAAAUAAAAUACAAAAUUAUUAUAAUUAUCAAAUUGAAAGUGGCGUAUCCUAUCUGUUCAUGCCGACCUCUCUCUUCCUCUUCCUCAACCUCACCAUCGCCGCCAUCGCCAUCACCUCCCGCAAGAACAACAACAAGCACCCUCCCCAUGCCUCAGACCACCACCACGACUACCACCAAACCAACCACCACCACUUCAACGACGACGGACCGUCGUCACACCCAUCAACUCCCGCCGGAAACAGGGGACCACCACCACCAUCUCUUCUCCAACGACGAUGGAUCGUCAUCGCCAUCUCUCCCAACCAAUGCAAUCAAAAUCGCGUUUUAAAACUUAAAAACUUACGGUUUUACGCUUCUAGGUCACCAAACCGCCUUCGUUUCCAUAUAAAAACGUGGGUAAAUACAAUAUAUUAGCCACAACUAUUAUGAAGCGGGGAAUUAUAGCCACAACUAUGAAAAUUCAAAUUAUUAGCCAAACAUUAACUACCUGUUAACAAUUUUGUUCGUAAUACUGACUAAACUUUUAUGUUUCAAAGUUAUAAAUUAAAAGCAGUAUGACGUGGUUGCUGUCGUGGUCGAUGACGUGGCCUUCUUAUUAAAAAUUCAAUAACUAUAUCGAACAGUUAGCCAUAUCUUGACCCGCAACAAUAAUUAUGGUUAAUAAUUUGAAUUUUCAUAGUUGUGGCUAUAAUAUCCCGCUUCAUAAUAGUUGUGGCUAAUAUAUUGUAUUUACCCUAAAAACUUUAGUGUAUAAAAUCGGACUAAAUUCCAAUUUAAAGC